AUGCCGGACAAGCAGCCCGUCUCGUUCGACCAGAUCAUUCAAUCUGAUCGUCAGAAGAAGAAGCAUGAGCAGCUUGCAAGCCAGCUUCUCGGCAAAAACAGACGAUCCAGCGCACCGGGGUCGAGCGCAGCCAGCAAGCCACAGGCCGCAAAGCCGGGGAGCCUCGCAAGUCGCAUCGGGGUAGCCAAGGUAAGAACCGGCCCAUGCAUGCGAUUGCGCAUAUGCGCCUGUGAUACUUUAAACCAACGGCCUCUAACAACCCGCGAUGUCCAGCGCUCUGCCUCUGCCUCCUUCAAACCCAACCAGAAGAACCCUGCCCCAGCGACUGCCCCAUCCACUCGGCCACGUAACAAAAACACCAAUAAACGUCCCCAUGCCGAACGCCUUUUGUCUGCUCUCAGUUCAAAUAGCGACCAGGCUACCGUUCGAGGCUCUGGGGGCGGCCUGUCUAUCAAGGGUGCUUCUGGUCCCUUCAUAGUUGUGGGAAGCAACUUUGCCUCUGGCACGACUGCUGCAGACAUCCAGUCAGCCCUCGAGCCUGUCUCUGGUCCCAUGAUUGGCUGUCGGGUAGUUUCGCAUCAUCCGACGGUUACUGCUGAAUUCGAGUUUGCGGACAAGUGGACGGCAGAAAAUGUGGUUGCCAACUUCCAUAACCAACGGGCCGAUGGGAGGGUUCUGUCGAUGAAGCUCAAGCCUGCCGGAUCUAAUGCCUCCAACAACAACUUCUUCAGCCAGCACCGAGAACAAGCUGAUCGGCAAAGGCGCAAUCGCCGGGCGAAUCCAGAAGGCCAAGACGGCCGAUUUGGAUUUGGGAUCCAGAACGACCUGCUACGGAAUGGAAAACAAGGUCAGCCCAGUGGCCUGUACAGUGAUCAGAUGAUGGUGGAUGCUCCGCAGAAACCACAGAACCGGAAGAGACGGUAG